AUGUCUGCCGUCUCAGGAAAGAACGUUCUUAGAUACACGGCGUUGGGUUUGGGAGUCUUCUACGGCUUUACACACCAGAGGAAGAUCAACGCGGACCACAAGGCCGCCGCCGCCCGUCACGAGUAUGAGCACAAGCAAAAGUUAAUACAGCAGGCCAAGGCCGAGUACGCCAGGCUCCACGACAAGAGCGGCUCUAAGAACGACAGCCGGAAAUCCGACCCAAUGGACCCGAACUUUGACCUCGAGUCGUAUUUCACUGGAGUUAUUGGCAAGGCAUAG